AUGGACUGGGACGAGAUCAGUCCGAAGUUCCUGCCGGUUCCCUGGGCGCCGUUCACCAGCUCCGAAGGCAACCUCCUCCUCAAGCUCGUCUACCUCGCUAAGGAGGGCGUUCUCGCCGUCAUGGCAACAGACCUGGAGAACGUCUACUUUGAAACGCUCAAUCGGCGACAGACGAACAAGCGACUGGGAGACGCUCUGCGGGCGAAUGCGGACAGUCAGAGCGAUGUUGCGCUGGGAAUAGGCGAGGAAGGCGAGCUCUUGCUGCAGGAGUCGGUGGAGAAUUUGCUGAGCGCUGUCUCGAGCGGGACGGCGAAGGCCGAAAUCUCGCACGAGGCUUUCGAGCACUUCAUCAAGAUCACAAUCCCCGAUCGCUUUACAGUUGACUUCCUCACCAUCUCGCUCGAGAACCGCUCAGCGAGCAUACUCGCCUCGCAUCUCGUUACGCCUCUCCUGGGCGUCUGCUCGAGUCUCCUCGCCCUUCUCCGGGACGCCUCGACAGACGACGAAGCUCUUCUCAAGCGCAUCGAGUCGGCUGUCGACUCGUCUGGCAAGGCAGAGAGGAUGGAUGAGGGCCGCAGCAUGACUCGGUUCAUGGGUCUCGGCGGUCCCGCUUUGCUGGGAAGGUGGACGCAGCGGUCGCUUGGGGCGAAGGAGAAGGACCUGCAACCUGUCACGCUCUCCCUCCCGAACCGCCCUCAACGCCCUUUCUCGCCCGCUCUCAACUCGCCAGCUCCGAAGCGCAAGCGGUCCCCUUCUCCGCGACUUCCGUCACCGCCGCCUCAGCAGUUCGAGCCUCGCGAGUCGGUCUCGCCCAUCAAGCCUGUUGCGAGUCUCGCGCACCGCAUGCUCGACCAUGCAGGCGCGAAGGGCGAGCGGAUAGGCUGGGACGACUCGCAGACGCAACAGCACGAGCCAGUGCCACCCCACAACGGCCGUUCCGAGGCGAAAAAGGAAGUCGAGCCCGUGGCCGCGGCGGAUCAAUCGGUCGAGGAGGAAGAGCCGGCUACCGACGAAGACGAGCCGCUACCUGCGAGCUCUCCACUUCUCACUUCGGUGGACCGCUCGCCCUCGCAGCGACCACCUCGACACCUCCCGCAUGCCUCGCCGAGCGGGCGACGCGAUGCAUCGACCACGCCAACCGCAACGCAGAAAAGCAUAGCGGAUGCCUCGCCUCCGCCGACGGCAGAGACUGACCCCGAGGCGGCGGAGAAGGAGCGCAAGAAGGAAGCAGCGAAGAAGGCGAAGGCGGCGGAGGAGGAGGAGGAGAAGGCGAGGAGGCGCGCUCGCUUGCAGAAAGCUGCAGCCGGACCGGCGCAACCGAAGAAGAAGGCCAAGCGCUUGUAG